AUGGGGAACAGCAAGAGCGGGGCCUUGUCCAAGGAGAUCCUGGAGGACCUCAAGAUGAACACACGCUACACGGAGGAUGAGCUGUGCCGUUGGUAUGCCAGCUUCCAGAAGCAGUGUCCUGAUGGGCGCAUCAGCCGUUCUGAGUUUGAGAAGAUCUACGCUAACUUCUUCCCCAACUCGGACCCAAAAGUCUACGCCCGGCAUGUCUUCCGUAGCUUCGACACCAAUGAUGACGGGACACUUGACUUCCGGGAGUACAUCAUUGCCCUGCACCUCACCUCCUCAGGCAAGACCCACCUUAAGCUGGAGUGGGCCUUCUCCCUCUUUGAUGUUGACCGUAAUGGUGAGAUCAGCAAGAAUGAGGUCCUCGAGAUCAUCUCGGCAAUAUUCAAAAUGAUUCCUGCUGAGGAACAGAAGACCCUGCCUGAGGAUGAAAACAACCCUGAGAAACGGACAAACAAGCUCUGGGCCUACUUCAAGAAGGGAGAACAUGAUAAAAUCGCUGAGGGAGAGUUUAUCUCUGGAGUGAUGAAGAAUGAGGAGAUCAUGAGACUGAUCCAGUACGAGCCCAAGAAAUAGGCAGCCAGAAUGUGCCCAGGGAGGGGUCUCCACUGUGUGCACGGCCGCACCAAGGAAUGCAUGAAUGGGAUGGAUGAGUGUGAGUGUGCCUGGGUCUGGGUGUGACUGCAGAGGUUCAGCUUCUUCCCUCCUUUCCCUCUGGUGGUACCACUUGAUGCUCCAUGAGUGACCAAGCUGGCUCCCAGGUGCUGCAGGAUUUGGUGGGUUAGAGCAGAGGGGCUGGGGGGAGGAUACUUGGGUUCUAUCCCAGUUCUGGAAUGGGGGGUGGGGUGUAGUGGGUUGGAAGAGGGGCACAAGCCAGGAGCUAGGACUCCUAGCUUUGGGAAGGGAGGUGUGGCUAGUAGUUUAGAACAGGAGGAAGUAAGAUAGAAUAGAUGAAAGAGAAGGAAGGGAAAAGUGAAUGAGAAAACAGAUGAAGGUAAAAUCCGUCUCCACAGACUCACUGAGAUAUGGGCCUCACUUUGCCAGUGCUGGCCAGUAAAACAUAAAUACCUAAACCACCAGACCCCACUGCCCUCCCAGAGCUAGGGACUGAACCUAGGAGAGAUUGAACACUACUACUAUACCUGCAGCUGGCAGAAACAAACCAAGUGUCCACAAAUGGGAAAGGCAGCUCUGAAGCCUAGGUGUCGCUCGCCUAUGAGUUCAUCUGCUCCCUUCCCAAGCCCAGGUGGAAAUGAAUCUGGGUGAGUUUGCUGCCCACUUGUCUGAGCUCUUCCCUCACAUCAACCUCAGUGCAGCCCCACAGGA